GACUCCCUUCGUGAAGCAAACAAAAUUAUAAAGCAAAUUUUACGGGUUAAGGACGCCGACUUUUUCCCUUUGGUGUUGGCUGGAAAUAAAUGCGAUUUAGAAGACGAUCGACAAAUAACAUUCGACGAAGGUAAAAAAGCUGCCGAAGAUCUCGGAAAUAUUCCCUUUAUCGAAACAUCUGCGAAAUUAGGAGUCAACGUGGACCAAGCGUUUUAUGAACUGGUCCGGUUGAUUCGCAAACAAAACAAACCAAAAGAGGAGCCAAAGAAAGGUGGCAAACCUGCUAGUACGAAAAAAGAAAAGAAGAAGAAGGGCUGCGUGCUGUUCUAG